ACAGAGUACCUAAUUUUGACAUGUUUUCAACCUUAUUUAUUGUUGGCAUUUUUCAACCUACAUUUGAUUGUAUUAACUGAUAUAUAUAGUUGUAAGCAGUUUAGUUACAUGUAAGCUUAAUUUAUUACGAGUGUUAGCAAGGCAAUUAGGGUUAUGAGUAGCUGGCCCGUUGGGCCUUGGGUGGCCGGCGCCCAGCCUUCCUGGCUGGGGGCGCCGCCUCCCCCUGAUUUGGUAGAUGGCGACGGGAUCGCUCUGAUGGUGGUAUUUCUAUAAACCAUCUAGGGUAUCCCGUCCAUAUAUGUACACCCCUGUGCACCUCUAUCAAUCAAUCCAUUCAUUCCCCGCAAUAUACAUUGCUUACAUGGUAUCAAGAGUUAGGGUUUCUUCCCUGCUCCUUCCGCUGCCAUAGCGCGCCGAUCCGGCUGCGCCCCCAACCCUGUGCGCCGGCGAUCUGCCGCUGCAUCCACCAUGGUUGGGACCCACCCUUCCUCCCCGCGCACCGCCGACCCCGCCGCAGCAGCUGCCGCUGCCAAGGCGGAGCGCGAGGCCGCCCUAGCUAGGGCUGAGGCCGCGGCGCAGGAGGCCGCUGCCGCCGCGCAGGAGCGCGAUGCUGCUGCCCAGCGCGCCCGCGACGCCCUUGCCUGCGCGGCCAAGGAACGGGCCCUCGCCGCCAAGGGCGCCCCCAGCGCCUAUCACGACGAGGAAAAGGAGGACGCUGCCUCCGUCGACUCCGGCGGGACCGCACUUCAUCACGCCGUCCUGGCCCAUGAAGCCGCCGCCCUCGUCAACUUGCACGCCCAGGCCAUCAGCGUGCAGAACAUCCGGAGCCUCAUCCACGUCCUCCUCGACAUCAACGCCGGGAAUUACACCCGGUGGCGUGAUCAGAUCCUCCUCGUCAUCGGCAAGUACUCGCUAGAGAGUCACGUCCUCGUCGACCUUCCCGCACCCGACUUCCCAGACUGGACACGCAUGGACUGCGUUGUCAAGUCCUGGAUCGCCGGCACGAUCUCCACCGACCUCGCCGAGAUGGUGAUCGAUCGCGUCGCCACCGCCCGUACCGUCUGGUGCGCCCUGGAGGACCAGUUUCUCGGCAAUCGGGAGACCCGCGCCCUCCACCUCGACGUCCAGUUCCGCAAUCUCGUCCAAGGUGAUCUCUCCAUCACGGACUUUUGCAGGCGCCUCAAGAACAUGGCGCAGCAACUUGCGGAUCUUGGGGAACCCGUCUCGGAUCGCACGCUGACCCUCAACCUUCUUCGAGGGCUCAACGAGCGCUUCCGCGACGCCGGCCGCCACAUUUGCCGCGGCCACCCCUUCCCUAAGUUCAAGGACGCCGUCGACGAGCUCAUCCUGGAGGAGCUCACCAUGGUGCAUCAAGCGCCGACUCCCCCCACGGCCCUCGCCGCUAGGAAGGGCGCCCUAUCCGAGGCGCCGCCGUCGUCCUCAUCAGGGACUCGCCCCCCUCCCCCCAGGCCUCUCGCAAUGGGGGCGCCAACUCCGGGGGCGGGAACUCCGGCGGGCGCUCCAAGGACCGCCGCCGCCGGGGCGGCAAGCCUCGCUCCGGCGAGCAGUCGUCGUCCUCCGGCAGCGGGCUGUCCGGGGGCGGCAAGCUGGCCUCCGCUCCCAGCACAGGAGGUGCUGGUGGCGCCACCUGGCCGUCCUUCCUCCACCCGUGGGCUGGGGCCAUUCAGAUGUGGCCCGGCCCGCGGCCCUCGACGCCGCUCCCCGUCGCCCCGACUCCGCCGCAGCAGCAGCAAGCGCUGCUGGUCUAGCAGGCCCAGGCGCAAGCCUUGCUGGCCCAGCAGGCGCAGGCCCACACCCUCCAGGCCGCCCAGGCGCAGGCGCUGCAGCAGGCACAGGUGGCGCAGGGUCAGAUGUCGUACUUCCCCUGGGCGCCCGGCGUCUAGGCUCCGGCCAUCUCACCAGCCGGAUGGGAUCAGCAGUCGCUCGCCUCCGCCUUCAGCACCGUCUCCCUGAACCAGCCCCCUACCACUGACUGGUUCUUCGACUUAGGAUCUGGCGUCUCGGAGAGUCCUCGUCAGCAAGAUCUUUUUUUUUAUAAAGAAAUUGGCAACGCUGUCAUUAGGUGCACUUUAUAUUGUUUCAAAGGAUUUUUAGUGAUAUGAUGUUUCCUAUCCAUCUUAAGAUGAGCGACCAAUAUUAGCUCCAAUGUCCUGCUGAAAUAACGCAUGAAUCUGAGUGUACAUGACACUGAUGAAUUCUUGUUUUUAUAGCAAACGAAAAUUCAGGGCGGAUGGUUGAGGGUCAAAUAUUUACAAUUGAACCUAUACUUACGAUGGAGAAAACAGAGUGUGUUACAUGGGAAGAUGGAUGGACGACUGUCACCGCUGAUGGUAGCUGGGCUGCUCAGUUUGAGCAUACCAUAUUGGUCACUAGGAAUGGCACAGAAAUACUGACAAAACUUUGAGUUUAUCU